CCGGCGGAGGAAGCCUCGCCCUGCCCGCGCCCACCGCCCGCCGCCACCGCCGCCGCCAUGCCCAAGAAGAAGCCGGGGCCCAUCCAGCUGACCCCCGCGCCCGACGGCUCCGCCAUCAACGGCACCAGCCCCGCCGAGACCAAUUUGGAAGCCCUGCAGAAAAAAUUGGAGGAGUUGGAACUCGAUGAGCAGCAGAGGAAACGGCUGGAGGCCUUUUUAACCCAGAAGCAAAAAGUGGGAGAACUGAAGGACGAUGACUUCGAGAAGAUCAGUGAGCUGGGCGCAGGCAAUGGUGGCGUGGUCUUCAAAGUCUCACACAAGCCUUCUGGACUCAUCAUGGCCAGGAAGUUGAUUCAUCUCGAGAUCAAGCCGGCAAUUCGCAACCAGAUCAUUCGGGAGCUCCAGGUCCUGCACGAAUGCAACUCCCCCUACAUUGUGGGGUUUUACGGAGCCUUUUACAGUGACGGCGAGAUCAGUAUUUGCAUGGAGCACAUGGACGGUGGAUCCUUGGAUCAAGUCUUGAAGAAGGCUGGCAGAAUUCCGGAGAAGAUUCUCGGCAAAGUCAGCAUUGCAGUCAUAAAAGGUCUAACAUAUUUGAGAGAAAAGCAUAAGAUCAUGCACAGAGAUGUGAAGCCCUCAAAUAUCUUGGUAAACUCGAGAGGGGAAAUCAAACUUUGCGAUUUUGGGGUCAGUGGACAACUGAUUGAUUCCAUGGCCAACUCUUUCGUGGGCACGCGAUCUUACAUGUCGCCAGAGAGACUGCAAGGGACUCACUACUCGGUGCAGUCGGACAUCUGGAGCAUGGGGCUCUCCCUGGUUGAGAUGGCCAUCGGCAGGUACCCCAUCCCUCCGCCCGAUGCCAAGGAGCUGGAGCUGAUGUUCGGCUGUCCGGUCGGGGCCGACUAUCCUGUCUCGGAGACGUCUCCUCGGCAGAGAACACCAGGCCGGCCUAUGAGCGCCUACGGUUCAGACAGCCGACCUCCUAUGGCCAUCUUUGAGCUCCUGGACUACAUUGUCAAUGAGCCCCCUCCAAAGCUGCCAAGCAGAGUCUUCAGUCCAGAAUUCCAAGACUUUGUGAACAAAUGCUUGAUCAAGAAUCCGGCUGAGAGAGCAGAUCUAAAACAGCUUAUGGUCCACAUUUUCAUUAAAAGAUCGGAAGUGGAAGAGGUGGACUUUGCGGGCUGGCUGUGCUCCACCAUCGGCCUCAACCAGCCCAGCACCCCAACCCACGUCGGCGGGCUCUGAGCCCGCUCGCUGGACACGGUACGAAGACUCCACCGGCUGCCGCUGCUGCUAUGCAACUUCCAUUCCACGGGGAGGCCGACUCGGAACUGCUCACUCCAGACCCAUCGACGCGCACUGGGGGUUGGGGAGCAUGGCAUGUGUGGCACAAUUGGUGUUCCCAGCCACCUCCCGCUGUUUAGAGCCAUGCUGUUCUGGUUCCCCCCCUCCCCUUUCUCCCCCCUACUCUCAAAAGUAUUCUGCUGUUCCCCCACCGCCAUCCCCGCUUCCGUGCUGCGCCUUCUUCAGCUUGUCGUGCCAAAUUCUUUUCCAGGUCGAAUCCCUUUUUGAGGCUUUUGCGCGAACAGCUGUUGUGUUUGAUUCUUAAUGACCAAAUGUGACGCUUCGAGCCGCCAAUCUGCAAAGUUGAAUGUGAAUGAUGGGAUGUCUUUCCUUACCGGGGGGGGGACCUUGCUGGACCUGGUUGCUGUCCCAGCCUUUGCAGACGUCGUCCCGUGAGCCUUGUGUAUAACUCGGUGGUCCCUUUUUUUCCCCCCCGGCUUUUGCUUUAGCCAGUCCUGGUCAGAACGAUUAGGGGCGGUGGGGUGCCUUUGGACGAGACGGUCCCCAACAUAGAAUUGAUGCCACUAAGCUGAGGUGGAAGCCAUGAAGAAUCCUGGGUCCUGAACUGGUGGGCUUCAGCCUGAGUUAGGGGUUUUUUAUUUUGGCCUCCCCUUCUGGGUCAGUAUGAACACACCUGUUGAUGCUUUUAUUUAUUUGCCUUGUUGGAUAUUUUGGGCUGGCUUGGCGCAGUGUUUUUCAACCUUAGCCACUUGAAGAUGGGUGGACUUCAACUCCCAGAAUUCCCCAGCCAGCUAUGCUGGCUGGGGAAUUCUGGGAGUUGAAGUCCACUCAUCUUCAAGUGGCUAAGGUUAAUAAACACUGUCUUAGUGGCAUUCAUCUCCUCCAUCUGUUAAUUUGGCAUCUUGUCUGUUGAGCACGGACGAUAGGAAACUGUCUGGCAGAAUCAAUGCAUUUCUCUCUUUCUCUUUUCUUCUUUUAAAGGCAUCAGGAUUUAUUUCCCUUCUAGGAUGGCUGAAGUUAUUAGAUAUCAUGAAAUCUGUGCAUCCGUUUGUUGUUGGAAACGUUCUUUUAAUCAUUUUACUCUUUUCAGAUGUUGAGCAACCGCAUCUUAACCAUUUAAUAAAUGUCACAAAAUCA